AUGGGAGCAGAUAACCAUACUUUGGUGAGAGAAUUCAUUCUCCUUGGCCUGUCCAGUGACUGGGACACUCGGGUUGCUCUCUCUGUCCUGUUCUUGGUUAUGUACCUGGUGAGAGUGCUGGGGAACUUCCUCAUUAUUAUUCUGAUCAGACUGGACAGCCAACUCCACACUCCCAUGUAUUUCUUUCUCACCAACCUCUCCCUUGUUGAUGUCUCCAAUGCCACAAGCAUUGUCCCUCAGAUGCUGGUGCAUUUUCUCGCAGAACAUAAAGGAAUCCCAUAUGUGAGCUGUGCAGCCCAGUUAUUUUCCUCCCUGGGCCUGGGUGGGAUUGAGUUAGUUCUACUGGCAGUGAUGGCCUAUGACUGCUAUGUGGCUAUGUGUGACCCCCUGAGAUACUUGGUCAUCAUGCAUGGAGGGCUCUGUAAGUUGGCCAUCACAUCCUGGAUCAGUGCCUCUGUCAGCUCUCUCAUGCAGACCACCAUCACCUUUCAGUUGCCCAGGCACAACAAGUAUAUUGAUCACAUAUCCUGCGAACUCCUAGCUGUGGUCAGGCUGGCCUGUGUGGACACCUCCUCCAAUGAGAUCGCAGUCAUGGUUUCUAGUAUUGUCCUGCUGAUGACACGUUUCUGCUUGGUUCUCUUGUCCUACAUCCAGAUCAUCUCCACCCUCAAGAUCCAGUCCACAGAGGGGAGAAAGGAAGCCUUCCACACCUGUGCCUCUCACCUCGCAGUAGUUGUCCUGUGCUAUGGCAUGGCCAUUUUCACUUACAUCCAACCACGCUCCAGCCCUUCUGUCUUUCAGGAGAAGUUGAUCUCUCUCUUCUAUGCCAUUUUGACACCCAUGCUGAACCCCAUGAUUUACAGUCUGAGGAAUAAGGAGGUGAAGGGGGCCUUUCAGAAACUACUAGGGCAAUUAUCUGGAUCAACGUCAAAACUGGCAACUUGA